UGCGUCUGUGCUGGAGGUCGCUCUCUGUUUAGUAAAACAAAUUGAUUUUUGAUUGACUAUCUGCGACUUCUCUUCUCUUUACUUGGAACAUUCUAUUACAUCACCCAUCCCUCCUUUCAGGCGAGCCUGGAUCUCAGUGAGAGAGGAAGGAAAUCCCGUCUGUAUCCCCAGGCUGAGCGCUCAUACGCAGAGGGACGAUGAGAAUAAGCUGGGUUCGAGGGCUGGCUUCUUUGCUGGCCAUGGGCGCUGGAAUACUCUACAUCAUAUCCAUUAAGCGGGAGGUUCAUUCUCAUGGGGAAAGACUGCAGAGGGCCCAUCAGAAUGACUCGGCCAGGGGUCAGGACAUGCUCAAGAGGCUGGAGAAGAUGGAGGCUCACAUUGAGAAGCUGGUGAAGUCAGUCAACAACGGGUUCAGUCUGAAAGAGGGGCAGGCUGUGAAGGCUCCCGAGGUCAAGAAGGAGAGGAAGGUGGUGAAGAAGUUGUACCCCAACUCAGCUCUGUUUACAACCUGGGGUGAUGAGCUCUCAGAGGAGGAGCAGAAAGAGGCAGAAGGGUUGUUUCAGAUGUAUGGAUACAACGCCUUCCUGAGUGACAGACUACCCCUGAACAGGGAAAUCCCUGAUACUCGCGAUCCUAAGUGUGCUAAUCACCAGUACCCCCAUGACCUGCCCACCAUCAGCGUGGUGUUGAUCUACUUGGACGAGGCCCUGUCAAUCAUCAAGAGAGCUGUCCGCAGCAUCAUAGACAAGACCCCCCAACACCUGCUUAAAGACAUCAUACUGGUGGAUGACCACAGCUCCAAUGAGGACCUAAAGGAGAAGUUGGAUGCCUACAUCAGCUUCAUCGAUGAAGAGCGUCCGGGCCUGUUGAAGAGAGUGAGACACCUGGAGCAGCUCGGUCUCACACAGGCCCGCCUCUCAGGGUGGAGGGAAGCUGAAGGAGACGUGGUAGCCAUCUUGGAUGCCCACAUAGAAGUUCACGUGGAAUGGGCGGAGCCUCUGUUAGCUCGGAUAAAGGAGGACCGCACGUUGGUGUUGACACCGGUGUUUGACAACGUCCAUUUCGAUGACUUGACAGUCACACGUUAUUGGCCGAAUGCAAACGCCUUUGACUGGGCCCUGUGGUGUAUGUACGAGUCCUUCAGACCUGAGUGGUAUGACUUACAAGACGAGACACAGCCAGGAAAGAGCCCCUCCGUUAUGGGCAUACUAGUGGUUGAUCGCCUGUUCUUUGGGGAAAUUGGUGCUCUGGAUGGUGGUAUGAAGAUCUAUGGAGGUGAAAAUGUUGAACUUGGCAUCCGGGUGUGGCUGUGUGGUGGAAGUAUCGAGGUCAUACCUUGUUCUAAAAUAGCCCACAUCGAGAGGGCCCAUAAACCCUAUCUCCCAGACCUGAGCAUUACAAUGAAGAGGAAUGCUCUGAGAGUGGCUGAGGUCUGGAUGGAUGAAUACAAACAUAAUGUCAACAUCGCCUGGAACCUCCCACUGAAGGAUCAUGGCAUAGACAUUGGGGAUGUUUCAGAGAGGAAGAAGUUGAGAAAGAGUCUGAACUGCAAACCCUUCCAGUGGUAUCUGGACAAUGUGUAUCCAAUGUUAGACCCCCUGGGUGACUUGCUUGGUUAUGGAGCUCUGGUCAAUGACCUGAAGAUGGAUCUCUGUAUAGAUCAAGGCCCAGUUCCGGGGAACACACCUAUUUUACAUGGAUGCCAUUAUUUUACUCCACAGAACUGUUAUUAUCGAGCCAGCGGGGAGAUCUACAUUGGAGGCAUCAAGUCUCACAAGUACAACAGUAAUCGCUGUCUGAUGGACAUUGGCACUCAAACCCCAGGACUGUAUGAUUGCAAGGAGGCCAAGCAGAAGGGAUUCCACAUGCUCUGGGAAUUUCAACAGGGGAAAUCCAUCCAGAACAGACAGACAAAGAGAUGUCUGGAGAUUGUCCCAGGGGAGGACACUUUCUACCAGCUCAUCAUUCAGGAGUGCAGUGGGCAGCACUGGUUAAUACGGAAUGUGAUAAAAGACUUCUGAUACACUGAGAUAGUUAGGCCUACUGUACCAGAGACAAUACAGCGGGGCUGUAGGAGUUAUCCUGCGAUCAUAAGCAAGUGGGAAGUUGGUAUUUACCACAAACGAUUGGUAAAAAUCCACUUGAACACCCCUCCAACUGGUAAUUAACAGUGGGAAACUCUGGGAGAUUACCAGUGGGAAACCUCUGACGUCACCUACUAAGGAAAUGACCUUUUUAACAGCAGCAUUGUCAGUAGUUAAAUGCAACAACAAAACAUUAUUUACACAAAGUUUUUGAACACUAAUUUUUGUACAAACACGAUAGCUGUACUUAUAGUUUAUGGUUGACGCAGCUUGUUGGCCGUUAGCCAAUCUGAGUUUCUCAACGAGUUCAAAGCACGUGAAUACAUCCAACUGAUAUUUACGACUUCACAACUGGUAAUUACCACCUUCCCACUUCUUUAUGAACACAGCAUUAUCAUUACACUUUGAAAAGCCAAUCAGUGGUCAGCAGUGAGAUGACUGUGUGAUCUUUUUGAACUGCUGGUUGGACAUAGCUUCAUGGGGACAUAUAUACAGUUUCUUCACAGAAUGUGGAAUGCUAUUGAGCUGUGUUCUCCUUGGUCCUGAUUGUAAAUGCAGAGAAAUAAUAAAUAUGAUUCCUGUAA